UGAUAGCAUCCAGUUUCUUAACAAUAAUAAAAUUAAAGGUGAUCAAUUGAUAGAUAAUAUUUUCAGAUUGUAUUAAGCAUGGAGCAGAAACCUUACAGUGAACUGUCUACUAGGCAGAAACGACGUAGAAUUGUUGAAGUUGACGAUAAAAUAAAUAAAGAGUUGACAACUGAAUCAGUUACGUCUUGCAUAAUUUUAUCAGAUGAUGAAGAGUCACUGGAUAAAUCAAGAAAUGUUGCCAGCUUACAAAAUGAUUCUGUUGGGAGAACUGCGGAAACUGCUCCAGGAACGUCUUCAUCAAAUGCAGGACCUGGUUCCAUAGAAAGUAUUGAGCCUGAUGAGCCAUUACUUCUGGAAACAAGCAUUGGGAAUAAUUUACUCCAAGAAGUCCCUACUUUGGAAGAAGCUGUUGAUGAAAAUGGUGCAACUAGAGCCAACUUGUCUGAUGUGACUAAAAUCGAGACGGCUAUAAGAAAUUUUUCUAUUGAUUGCCCCAAUUUUCCCAACCAGCAAAUGAACUGCCUCUUGCAUCAUCUGCAUUCUUUUUUCCCGGGUAUUAUUCUCACUGCCAAAACUCUGAAAAAGGAAGGCCAGGUUGACGUUGCAAUAAAAAAACUCCAUCAUGGUAGGUAUGCACACUUGAACAAUUGGCAAGAGAGCAUUUCAAAUCAUUUAAAACUAGCCAAGUUUCAAGACCCCAAACUUUUUCUAAACAUAAACAUUGAUGGAAUACCCCUCUAUCAUGAUGCAAGAAAUUUUCAUGCAUACCCAAUAUUAUUGGAAUUGUGUAUCCCCGAGGAACCAAAAAUAAUUUGUGUGGGAGUGUACCUUUCAGAGUUUGGCGAUUCAAAUAAAAUGCCUGAUGUAAAUGAUUAUCUUGAAGAUUUUGUUCAAGAAAUGUCCUUAAUGCUUGGUAAAGGAUUGACAAUUGAUACAACACAUAUCAAAGUCUGCAUAAAAGCCUUUGUUUGUGAUGCUCCUGCUCGUUCUGUGCUGAAGAAAAUUGUUAAUCAUAACUCCUAUGCAGGCUGUGAACGUUGUGUUCAAAAAGGUACCUAUGCAGGAGGUCAUGUAGUCCUCGAUAAAAUGAAUGCUCCUUUGAGAAGUGAUAGAGAUUUUAUGGCUCAAACUGACCCAGCUCAUCACAAGGAAGGGCCUGAAUCCAUCAUCCAAAGACUUGGUAUUGGAAUGGUUUCAAACUUUCCUCUAGACUACAUGCAUCUAACUUGCCUAGGCGUUAUGAAAAGAAUGCUCUGCAGGUUAAAGCACUCCAAAAAAGGAGAAGUUAAAUGCAAUCUUGACAACACCAAGCAGAAACUUCUGGAUGAUGAAAUAGAUGCUUUCUCAUCUCAUGUGCCUUCAGAUUUCAACAGGAAGCUAGCUGGUGGAUUUGGAUCACUGGCCUACUGGAAAGCUACUGAACUACGUUUGUUUAUGUUGUAUGCAGGCAUUGUGGUAUUUUCAGGAAUUCUUCCUGAAUCUUAUUAUCUGCAUUUCUUGAAUUUCAGUUUGGCCAUGAGGAUUUUACUAAGUAGAAAUCAAAUGUCAAAUGUUGAAAAUGCUCGUACUCUGCUAAAAAAUUUUGUUUCCAGUUCCAAAGAAUUAUAUGGCUUGAGUUUCUUGUCAUAUAAUGUACACUCUCUAAUACAUCUUCCAGAUGAUUAUGUGAAGUAUGGUUCCCUUGAUACAGUGUCCUGUUUCCCAUUUGAGAAUUACUUAGGUGUCGCUGUAAAAGGAAGGUUGUCUGGAAGGAAUAAACCAUUAGAACAAAUCUGUAGACACCUCAGCCUGGAAAAUAAAAAAUUUUCAAGUGUGAAAUCUGCAGUUAAAAUGGGAAAAACCAAUAAAUGUAUCUGGGCAAGUGGUUCACUCUUGAAAAGUGGUCUCAUUGGAGACAGAGAUAAUUGCAUCAUGUUAAAGUCUGGGGAGAUUGCAGUCAUCACCGCAAUUGAUAAAAAUUCACUGACUGUUGAUAUUCUUCAGAAGCAAUCGCUUUUCCUCAAUCCAGUUGAUUCACAAUUGUUAGGUAUUCAUAAAGUACACUCAAGCAACAAGCAGGCUGUUGUAACUCUUGAACAAAUUCAUUCAAAAAUGAUGCUUGUACCCAAAAAUGAUGGCUACAUUGCGAUCAAGCUAUUACACUCUAAAUGACUGCAAACUUCCUAACGUAAUCAUACUAUCACUUGGAUGUUCAUAACUUCUGAGCAAUUUCUAUGCAUGCAACAAUGCGCCGCUGAUUCUUAUUUCACAAAGGAUUUCACAAAAAUUAUUAGUAUUUAGGAUGUAAAUGGACAUUACUAUUUAAUAUCCCAUUCCAGUAAUAGAUAAUGUUGUCUGCCUAAUCUUGCAUAACUGAAUAAUGAAGGAGUUAUGUCUACUUCACACAAGCAGAGAGGAAGCCACAGAUAUAAUUACUGUGCAUAAUUUUACUUGUAAUGCGUUAGGCACAAUAUUGCACUUGGCUUGUUUUUUCACUGAAAGUUUUUGUCUAUAUAUAGUGUGUCUUGAUAGCUUUAGAAAUUUUUUUUUUUUCAAUCCUAUUUGUGACAACUUCAAGUUUUUUCAAAGUAUAACGUUAGAACGUCUAAUUAAUCAUCAUAAUAUUCAAUUUCUUUGAGAUUGUAUAAAUUUUGUAUUGAUUCUGCUGUAAUAAAAAGAUUGUUAAUAAAGAAAUGCCAGUCCCCAUCCACCCAGAAGAAAGUAUUUUUACUCCUUUGUUUUUUAUUUGCAAAAUUAAAGUAGCUGAUAAUAUGCACCAACAAUGAGCAAUAAGUUCAAAGUUAAGUUUCUCCAGCUCAAGAAAAUUUUGUGGUUAAGAGGUGGAAAAUACUUUCCUGGUCAUCCGGCUCGGUAGGGGUUCUUAAAAAUU